GGCGGAAGCGUGGGAGCCGCGCGGGCCGCCGUCCUCUCGACCCCCCCCGACCCCCACGGUCGCCGGCCCUGCCCUCGCCGCGCGCGGGGCCUCGGCGCCCCCCGGCUGCUGCUCGCGCCCGGCCCGGGAGCCAGAUUUUGUGGGAGUCUAAUACUUUGUCAUUAUGAGAUGUCGUCUCUCGGUACCUCCUUUGUGCAAAUUAAAUUUGAUGACUUGCAGUUUUUUGAAAACUGCGGUGGAGGAAGUUUUGGGAGUGUAUAUCGAGCCAGAUGGAUAUCCCAGGACAAGGAGGUGGCUGUAAAGAAGCUGCUCAAAAUAGAGAAAGAGGCAGAAAUACUCAGUGUCCUCAGUCACAGAAACAUCAUCCAGUUUUACGGAGUAAUUCUCGAACCUCCCAACUAUGGGAUCGUCACAGAAUAUGCUUCUCUGGGAUCACUCUAUGAUUACAUUAACAGUAACAGAAGUGAAGAGAUGGACAUGGAUCACAUUAUGACCUGGGCCACUGAUGUAGCCAAAGGAAUGCACUAUUUACAUAUGGAGGCUCCUGUCAAGGUGAUUCACAGAGAUCUCAAGUCACGAAAUGUUGUUAUAGCUGCUGAUGGGGUAUUGAAGAUAUGCGAUUUUGGUGCCUCUCGGUUCCAUAACCAUACAACACACAUGUCCUUGGUUGGAACUUUCCCAUGGAUGGCCCCAGAAGUUAUCCAAAGUCUCCCUGUGUCUGAAACUUGUGACACAUAUUCCUAUGGUGUGGUUCUCUGGGAGAUGCUAACAAGGGAGGUCCCCUUUAAAGGUUUGGAAGGAUUACAAGUAGCUUGGCUUGUAGUGGAAAAAAACGAGAGAUUAACCAUUCCAAGCAGCUGCCCCAGAAGUUUUGCUGAGCUGUUACGUCAGUGUUGGGAAGCUGAUGCCAAGAAACGGCCAUCUUUUAAGCAAAUCAUUUCAAUUCUGGAGUCCAUGUCAAACGACACUAACCUUCCCGACCAGUGUAACUCAUUCCUGCACAACAAGGCAGAGUGGAGGUGCGAAAUCGAGGCAACUCUCGAGAGGCUGAAGAAACUCGAACGGGACCUCAGCUGUAAAGAGCAAGAACUCAAAGAAAGGGAAAGACGUCUGAGGAUGUGGGAGCAAAAGCUGACGGAGCAGUCCAACACCCCGCUUCUCUUGCCUCUUGCUGCAAGAAUGUCUGAGGAGUCUUACUUUGAAUCUAAGACAGAGGAGUCAAACAGUGCAGAGAUGUCAUGUCAGAUCACAGCAGCAAGUAACGGGGAGGGCCAUGGCAUGAACCAGAGUCUGCAGGCCAUGAUGCUGAUGGGCUUUGGGGAUGUCUUCUCCAUGAACAAAGCAGGAGCUGUGUUGCAUUCUGGGAUGCAGAUAAACAUGCAAGCCAAGCAGAAUUCUUCCAAAACCACAUCUAAGAGAAGGGGGAAGAAGGUCAACAUGGCCCUGGGGUUCAGUGAUUUUGACUUGUCAGAAGGUGACGAUGAUGAUGAUGAUGACGGUGAGGAGGAGGAUAAUGACAUGGAUAACAAUAGUGAAUGAAACCAGAAAGCAAAGUAAUAAAAUUGAAAAUGUUUGGAAAAACGAAAGAAACUUGCUAUCUCAGUCUGUACAAAAACCAGUAAGGAGGCAGAAAACUAAGCACUGAAUUUGUAGGCCAAUCACAUUUCUAUGACAGUCAUUUCUUGAAUGAUUUUACUUUUUUUUUUCUGCUUACAGAAAAAUGGGGGGCGGGGGGGAUUAAGCCAGAAAGGUAUAUUUAAUGAGUCAGCAAAUGUGGUGCCUGAUUAUAGAAAUUUGUGAUUCUAUUACAAUAUAGUAGUUUUAACUAAUUACAUUCUGGCUUUUUUUUUUUUUAAACAAAUACUUUAACGUUUGUAUUUGAUUUGAUUUCAUUUAUUUAAUUGCUUAAGAAGACUUACAUUUUGAAAAAGCACUCUUACCUCCUCUAAUUCUUCUUUGACACUGAUUUUCCUGUAACACACUACAUUUUUUUUCUUAUGAUAAUACACUGCACUGUCAGAAAUAAUUGAUAGUGACUACAAAAUCUUACAAUAAAAAAACUGAGAUGAAAGAAGGCUAUAACAAAUACUUCUUCCGAAAUACCGAAAUGCCAAGAAUUUUCGAUCCUUAAUGGCACAACUACUCACAAUAAAAUCUGAGAGAUAUUCUCAAUAGUACAUUGGGAGAAGAAAUGCUCUAAUUUGAAACCAACAGCAGAUGUUGUAGGCUUUCAUACCAGUGCUAGUCCUGGAAGCUUCUGAACAACACACAGUCAUCUAAGGCUUAGUUUAUAAAAGGAGAAAGAGAUGGUCUUAAAGGGCUACUUGUAGGCUGAUACCAAGUGCUGACACAGACCAGCUGUGCACCCCCCGUGCGGUGUGCAUGUGUUUGUUUUCCAGAGGGGCAGGAGCAUCCUGGGUUCUAGAUACAUGUAUAAAGGUUUCAAAGAGGGAACGAAAAGAUUAUGAAAGGAAUAGCACAGGUAAGUUAAACUUACUGAGACAGAAGUACCCGAUGAAGGGUCCUUUUUAGAUCAAAUCCAGCCUUCCAGAGUUGUCUUUUUUUUUUUCUUUUAACCCUGACUCAGCCAUGCCAGUGUUAAACGGGAGUAAAUGCAGGUGCUGCUCCGACAACCUAGUUCACCAGAGAAAUAUUCUCAGAAUGUUAUCAUAUUUGUCAAAGCUUGUUUAAACUGUAAAACACUGAUAAAAAAACUACAAAACAUUUGUAGUCAUAUAUAUGUACGCAUACACACACACGCACGCACGCGCGCGCACACACACACACAGAAAGGCAAAGGCACAAGAACUUUUUUUCACUCUGCAUUGGGAAGAAGUGCCAUUCAUUUGACUAUUAAACUAAAAUACUUCUGGUGGUUCUUUUUAUGGGAAAUUUAAGAAAGGAUAUCAUCAUAGAUAUUAUCUAAUACUAUUUCCAACUAUAUUCAAUCAUAAAAAGCCUCUUGAAAUUUGAAACAUGACAUGCUUCUAAUCCCUAUUAACAGCUGAAAAAUAUCACAAAAUGAUCAGUACGCUGUGCCAGCUUUAUUUGGAGAAAAAUAACUAUUAAAAUGUUCUGGGUGUGAAAUGUAGAACAAUCUAUAUACUAUACACAGUGAGAUAGAAGAAUCCGGAGUCAAAUUAGGAUUCAGAACUGCUGUGUAAUCUGUUAAAAAUUUUUUAACCUCUGUGUGUCUGUCUGCUCAUUUUUGACAUGGGAAUAAUAACAGGACCCACUUGAAAGGACUGUUGUAAGGAUGAAAUGAAAUAUUACAUGUAAAGCACUUAACACAGUACCAGGCCCAUGGUAAGUGGUCAGUUAAUUUUAGCCAGUGAAAAGAUACUAAAAAAAUAAGUAGUUACAGUAACCUGGAAAACAAAACUAUCAAUUUCAAGUCAUGUUUGUUGAGUAGUAGGAGACGGAAGUUAAAGUGAAUAGCUUUCAAGAAAGAUAUAAGAGAACAUUCUUAGAAUAUAAACUAUAUAAACAAAUUUAAUCUGUUGCUCUUUGAAGCCUAUGUACCUGAGGCGUUUGCAGGCCCUGCCUCCACCCACAGACUAAGUAAAAACAGAAGGAAUAGGUAGACCUUUCCCCUAGAGGAUGGGUUCCCUAGUAGCCAGUGGCACACCUUCUGUCCAUGCAAACAUACACAGAUACGUGCUCACCGCCAAGCUAGUCCUGGCGGCACCCAGGCACGAGCACAUCCAGGCAUCCUGUCUGUGCUCAGCAGAGAUGUGCUCCCUCCCUCAGGCUGAGCCCCUCAAGCAGAACAUCUGGGAGUGCAGCAGAGGGAUGGUUUUCAAUUCUCGACUUUGCAGCAUGUCCAGGUCACUGUGGUCUAGCAACCUGAAGGAGAGAGCCAAAGAGGAAGCAGUUUAAAAGCCUCUUGCACAUCUUUCUGGUAAAGAUAGUUACUCGUUCCACAGAUAUUCAUUGAGCCCCCUCUCUGUGCCAGGUACUGUUCGAGGGACCAGCUAGAGGGGAAUGCUUGCGCUCAUGGAGCAUCCAUGCCAGUGAGCAGAGAGCCUGACAAUCAACAAAACAAAUGCCUUACGUUAUGUAAACGUUUGACAAGAGCAUGCUGAGAAGGGGAGCAGGGGAAAGAGGAUAACACACACAGGGGAGUGUUGCGGAGUUUACACUGGGCAGAGAAGGCCUCACUGACAGGAAUCUCUGGGCUGAUAUUGGGAUCUGUGCCCUUUACAUAAGAAUCUAAACCCUGUCUCUCCUCUGUAAGAAUCAUCAACAAAAUUAGAACAUAUAAACAGAAUGAAACUGAUAUUUUUCUUCAUUUACAUAAUAAACCUAUUGUAAUUACACAUAAAAUUUUGGUGCAUUAAUAAAAGGAGCCAGUUAGGGCCCAAAGUGAAAGGUAAUAGGACUCUCUAUACUCAGACCAAGGUUUACCAUUAAUUAGGUAAGAUUUCCCCAAUCUCUCAAGUGCUGCCAUUUUCCUCACCAGUAUUCCAGAGAUGGUUGUAGCUCCAUACUCUUACCACGAAGAAACCUCAGGGAUUUAGGAUACAGCAGAAUUGAAAGCUUCAGUGAUAAGCAUGAAAUUGUUCUCCACUUGGCAUCGUAUUUUAAUUGCCACACAGCAUUAUUUUACUCUGUUCCAAAUCAGUGUCUUUCUACGGUUUUGAACAUCCCUAAAAUCUGAAUCAUAUAAACAGAAUUUUAAAGGGGUCUCACUCUGUGAAGAUUAUGUAGAAGACUUUUAGACUCUAUUAUUAGUUUUAUUACUUUUUAAAAGAACUGUUUAUUACAUAGAAUUUCUAAAGAUGAUGUUAAUUGUGCACCUUCUAAUUCACUUUUCAGAUCAGUUUUUGAAAUGGCAAAUUACUGAUGUUGGAUGUAUUUCCAGUUACUUGACUUACAAGAAUGUACAUUUAUAAAGAGAAUAAUUAAACACUAAGAAAUUUAAAGAUUCAAAAUGAUAACAAACUCUGUAGUAAUAAUUGUCAGAGCCAUACAACUGAAAACAUAACUACUCUUCUUCAUCUUUUUUUCUGUAUUCAUAUAGUCGAUCAUACAGAUCAUACACUUUCCUCUGGGGCCCCUAAUGGUGUUCCCGAGUGCUGGGACAGAUUUUGGGUUGUCACAGGGACUGGGCGUGUGUGGAGUGCCCAGCGCCAGGGGCAGCCCCACCCAGUGAAGAACUCCAUCCACAAUACCAACAGCAUUGUCCCUCCCCCCACUGAGAAACUUGCUAAAGCUGGCAGUUUUAGAGUUCUACAUCUCAUUUCCCACCUAAACAAACUUGCUCAAGUCAAAAGAUGCAGUUUCAAAAUGACAACUGCUAUACAAUAUGAAUUUUGUAGGUUGGUGACAUUUAUCUUAAAUCCCCACCUGUAGAAAAAUGGGUUCUUUCCCCUGAAGAAUGCUGGUGGAGACUUUAUAAAAUAGCAAAAUGAUGUAUUUGGGGGAGGGGGUCCCUCUCCUAUCAGACUAAUUCCAAAAUAAAAAAGAAACCCAUCACCGAGGGAGGUUAAUUUAAAAGGACUCCCUGUUGUAAAAUCACAUUUUAAUAUUCUACAUUUCAUAACCAAGGGGAGGCAGUUGAAGGCACAGAGCACACUUGUUUUGGAUGGUCUGGAAAUGUUGAGGGCCGGCGUGCAGCCAGUGGUUUUUAACACGCAGCACAUUUGUUAGACUUCAGCAACAGCUGAGGUGUUCAGAACAGAUCCCCAUUAAAAUCAAGGAGUCGGAGGUAAGAUGUGGGAGAGAGCCAGAAGGACUUCUCAUAGCACUGUGAUGUGUACAUAACUUUAUUUUUCAGAGUGCUCACUGAGCAUUUCAUAAAAGAUCAUUUUAAAAGCUACUCUGAGUUAAAUGUUGAUACCCUUUUUGGUUUUUGGUAACACUGGACUCGCUGCGGGCCUGUUACACCGGGCAUUGUCUCACCACACCACGUUUAUGGUAGAGCAUCAUUUUUCUAUCAUCAGGCACCUUUUGCUGCUUUGGAGUCAGACUGCUUUCCUGUUCUGACUUUAAGCGUUGCCAGAGAGAAGAAUCUGUUCUGUUCUGUUUGGGUUGUGGCCCAGCCUGCAAGUGGUAGCAUUUCUGUGAUGGAAAGGGAGUGUGUACCAGGGAACCCGAAGGGCUACGCCGUUCCCUCGGGCUGCAGCUGAGUUGCAUUCUGUGGCCUGGGAGGAGCUUUCGGGCAUGUGAUUACUGACUUUACAACUAGCGUUUUCAGCAGCUACAUUAAUUAUUUUAUAUAAUGUGCAGAAUAGCUUAUCUUUUAACGGCAGAUACGAUACACUGCACAUACUGCUUUUGCGCUCUUUUAAAAAAUUUUGUACUAAAUAAUAGGAAAUAUUUAUAUUCUUGGAGUGUGCGCUUCGAAUACAGGAUGGCAUUAUCACUUUAUUUUUUUAACAAAACCUUUUCCUCAACUAUUCUAUUACAAUGUUAUUCUGAGCAAAUCCUAUGCCAUAUAUCUUGUAUAAUGUUUUAUGGAAGAUUACAUUUCACUCGUGUGUGGUAAGACUACUCAUUAUCGAUUUCGUAGUUGGAAUUUGAUAUUCCAGCACAGAGUCCACAAUGUAUUCAGAAAUCCAAGUUGGUGUCAUACAUUUCAUUUUGAUGUGAACUUUUCUUUGCUUUUCUUUGUUUUAAGACUCCAUUUUGCAAUAAACGUUUUGACAGUAAA